CCAUAAGUGCGUCAUCGCCUUGCGUCAUGAAGACACUAGAAUGAGGAAUCCUCAUCGCGUUUAUCCGGCUGGGGAUAACGCGCUCUUCUGCGGACAUUUCGCGACUGAGGGGAGAGCGACAGCAAGGCUCAUCCGGCCAAUGUGACGGUUUUCCAAAAUAAGAGCGGCGAGACGCGGCUUCAGAGAGCAAACAGGUUUUUAUAGUGCAUCAUCUCCCCGCCAUGUGGUAAUCAUCUGAACAUCACCCAGAAGACAUUCUGAGCUCAUCCACAACGUUACACCUGCAAUGGCCCACCAUUAUGAGUCUUGGUUACGGACAGCACCAUCUAGUGGCAGCUCCGAAGACAUUAACAACAUCCCUUCCUGGUGGGACCUCCAGCGUGAUGUUCAACCGGGGAACUGGAUUGAUCUCCACACAGGACAAGGUGCUGGCUUGCCCUCCGUGAGUCCAGGGAGCUCCAUGGGUGUGCAGUCGUCUUUAGCCUCCUACGGUUCUGACCCGCACUUGUGCUCCUUGGCUCUACCGCAACACGUUCCGCCUCCGCACUCCCCCCACCUCUUCCCUCCGGAUGGCUUCAAGAUGGAGCCUCUGCCUCCCGAAAUCCUACAACAGGAACCUUUCUCACUGGAGGAGCCACAGGAGAACGCCGCCCCGUCCCGUCCAAAGUCCCAGCGGCGUUCCUCCAGAGGUGGCGGCCAGGCGGUGUGUCGCUGCCCCAACUGCGUUCACGCCGAGCAACUGGGUCAGAGCACGGACGACAGCAGGAGGAAGCACAUGCAUAACUGCCACAUCCCCGGCUGCGGCAAAGCCUACGCCAAGACCUCGCAUCUGAAGGCUCACCUGCGCUGGCACAGCGGGGAUCGGCCGUUUGUCUGCAACUGGCUCUUCUGCGGCAAACGUUUCACACGCUCGGAUGAACUGCAGCGCCACCUGCAGACGCACACCGGCACCAAAAAGUUCAGCUGCGCGUUAUGCCCUCGGGUGUUUCUGCGCAACGAUCACCUGGCCAAGCACAUGCGUACGCACGAGUCCCCGGCAGGGCACGGGGAGGAGAAGCUGAACGGAGAGGGGAAGAUCUUUGAUUCCUCCAAAACUGCUCAGUCGUCCUCAAACAUGUCAGCGCCUGACACCUCGGAGUCUCAACGGAAGUUGAAAUGUGAGCCAGACCCCUCGGUCUCCAGCGUGACUGGCUAGCGCAGCUCCUUGCACCGCUUUGUUGUAAGGGUUGCCAUCCGUUGCACUUUCGGUCAUAAGACUGUUACGAUUGAGCGCUUGAGCGUGAGGAACCCAAAGAGAUGAUUUCACCCUGCUUUAACUCCGUGAUAGCACUGGAGCACAGACUCCUGCCAGGAGAAAUUAAAUUGUGGGGUCACAGUAAUCCCUCGUUUAUCACGACUGUUUCAGCAGUGAUGAGUGAAUUUCCGCAAAGAUUCCACAAUUCCUUAUUUAUAAAUUGAAUAUUUUCGCAGUUAGCGCAUAGAAAACUGUUUACCACCUUCUCGGGGAGUUUUUUUAAACAGAUUGUUUUUUUAAACCUCUAGACAAGAAAUAACACCCCUAUAGUCACCUUUACACUCGUAUUACCCAAUAUAGUAGAUAUAAGAAGAUGUAACGUAGAUUCACACACGUUAGCAAUGGGAAAGUUUUUGUACUUCCUGACAAUGGUCUCAUCGGCGUAUGAUUAUUGACACCGAUAAUGCGUUAUAUUUCUAUUUUACUUCAUUUUUUAGGCUUGAAAAUGCUUAAUUUAGGCACACCUCAGGUAGUAGCGUGAUCGGCUUGGACAAAAAAGCCAUCCAAACAACACGACGCACAAAGCAACCUACCCACUGCUCAACUAUGCAUAAUACCCAUGCCAAAAGAACACAUAUAUAUUCUCACCGCAAGGCAUGCUGGGUAGCAUGUGCUCUUUCUCACAUCAUUUUGCUGUGUUUCUUGAGGAGUUCAUCAGAGAAGUAAACUAGGAGUUAACAUACUCUUGAUGUGUCAUGUUAUAUUGCUCAUAGUUCAUAUUGUUGUUGCAGCUGCACUACCCAGCAAGCCUUGCGGGCAUUUUGCAAAUAAAAGUUUGACGUUAAAUGUUAUUUUUAGCUCUUAUAGUUGUUUUUAUUCACCCACUAGUAGUAGUUAGUUUAUGUGAUGCAUUGCUGUGGAUGUGUUGUGUUUUCGGUUUGUUGCAUCGUUCUGUUUGAUGUUUCCAAACUCAAAGGUGAUGCGUGUGUGAAUACCUUGUUUUGCCUAAGACACAAAGAUAAUAGGUUAUGGAAAUUUAAAAAUAUCCACACUUGAGAGGCUGAAUCCAAAAUCUUUUGAUUGAAUAUCCAAAAUAGCAUAAUUGAUGAAUCAUCACUUCAUUGAUUCAUUGUUUCCGCUCGAGUUCCAUCUCGAUGUAAAUGGAAGAAAAUGCUCCGCACAAGUAAAUACGUUUAUGGAGAACAGCAACGGUAGAGCUCCUCUAUUUUACGCACUGUUUACCAAUGUCAAUGAAUGGACACACCCAUAAAAAGUCCAAAAACUGCCUGUUUUUCAUGCUCUAAACCAGUGUUUUUCAACCUUUUUUGAGCCACGGCACGUUUGUUACGUUGGAAAAAUUUUGCGGCACACCAAUAACCAACAUUAUUUGCUUCUUUCAGCUUUUUCCUGAUUACGGACUCGCCACAGCAGAUUCUUUUGAUCCGCAUACUCAUUUAACCAUUACACUACCACUCACGUGCAUUGGAGGAACGAGGCAAUCAGCUACGUGUUGCCACACGGACGAAUAUUACAUUGCUCUGCCAGUCUUUACACCAAUGACACGCGACAAUGACACAAUAUUUGCAGAAAAUUAUUAAUACAUGUUAAUUAAAAAAGUAAUAUUGAAUAAUUCCUCACGGCACACCUGACGAUUUCUCACGGCACACUUGUGUGCCGCCGCACAGUUGUUGAAAAUCACUGCUCUACCAACAUUCACCACUAUUAGAGCUACUUUGACAAGGUGAAAGGAGUUUCAUUUAUUGUAUAAUUGCCAAUAUUUAAGGGUAUUAAAAGGUAGCACAAAGUUGAUGCUUAUAUUCUUGGAUCAGUUGGUGAGCUACCCAUUGGGCACCCCUGCUCUAAACCCCAUAAUGUGCAGUUAUUACACACAGUCACAGUAGACACAUUAGACACAUUAAACAAUUACAGGCAAACAGCAUGCAGUCAAAAAACAUCUUAUCCUGUCAAUGUCUGAUAAUACGUGGAAGUUGGCUGAACUUCUGUGCUGCUGGGUUCACUUUUUACCUAUUUUACCUGACUACUAUAAGUGAAAUUGCUAACAAAUACAGGGCAUUAUUAUUUAUUAUUACAGCUUUUGACAGCACUUCACUCACUUAUUUGUUUGAAAUUAAGUAGAUCAUAAUUACAACAUUGGCUAAUGACACCACUGCCCAUUAACAAUGUCUUAGACAUAGUUCAGGCCAUACGUGUACGAGAUUAAUCAUCACUUUGUGUCAUUGACAAGUUAAUAAGUACACUUGUGAUAACUAAAGCAGUACACUGUAAUUAGGUAGUUUAUAAUAUUGUAAUUGUUUUGGAUGUUACCAUAUAUGUUGAUCAGUAGAAUGAGAUGCAAUUUUUUUUACUAAUUUUGCUAGUCAUUUUUAACUUGUAGAGAUUGUAAAAAAGUGAUGGUGAUGAUGAUGGUCUAUGAUGUUUACUUCAUCUAUUAUUGUUGUAUAUGAAAUAAAA